GCAGAUAUGAGCGCUGCUCCUGUUGAGUGGAUAUUUGUCAUAGUCGUGUAAUGUGGAUGAUGGGAGUGAUUGCUGGUUUGGAUUGUGAGCAGUUACACGGUCUUGUAGGACGGCUGAACGCUAUUGCCCUCUGUUAUCAGCCAUUGUAGACUUUUUGAGGCUGACGACAGGACAGGUGACCGCCGUCUAUUGUCCUCUGCUAUCAGCCUUCAUGUCCGGUCAGCUUAUCCUCUGGCGGCCGGACGUGGCUGAUCACAGAGAACACUAGCGGGUGUUAUCCGUAUGGCACUGCCCCUGUGCCUCCGAGGUUCUCGGCGGCGGUCGCCCUCCCCCACCACCAUGAUCCGCUCAUUGUCCGGGGGGUCUGAAAGGCAGAACAGGUUUUGUGUACAGUUAUUUGCCCCCGGUGGCGCUAUCCUCCGACCCUGCGGUGCAGCCACGUAUAGAGAAUGUCCUCCUGUACACGGAAGUCACAGUGUUUACCCUGAUCCCGGGACGGUGAGAUCCUGCUGCCUCAGGGCUCAGAUCCGGAUUCACAGGCGCGCAGGAUCCCUCUGCCUGAGACGCGGGAGAGCGGGAUGGCGAAUUUGCUCGCUCCGAAUCCUGAGCUGUAGAUGACCCACAAAGAUGGCGGACGCUUCCAAAGCCGACCUGGAAUCCGAGUGUCCCGUGUGCUGGAAUCCAUACAACAACACCUUCCGCACCCCCAAACUCCUGAGCUGCCAGCACACUUUCUGCAUGGAGUGUCUGGCCCACCUGAGCUUCGUGACCCAGGCAAGGAACCGCCUGCCCUGCCCGCUGUGCCGCCACACCACCGUGUUACGCCUGGACCAGGUGAUCACCGACCUCCCCACCAACAUGGCCGUCCUCGGCCACCUCAAACUGGAGCCGCAGAAGCACGGACUCUCUGCUAGAGACACCCGGAGACUGAACUUUUUUCACCGUCCCCCCUCGGUCUACACACUCAGCGGCGGACAGGACACGGAGUCCACGUAUGCUACUCAACAAACUCAGGUACCGACGCCCCCGACCACUAUUCCCUCUGACGACGGCUCCUGGCAGUGUCUGCGGAACCCCCAAUUCCGUAUGUUCUCCUACCUGAUGGUGACUAUGCUGUUGGUCAGUAUGCUGCUGAUCUUUUCCAUUUUCUGGACCCGCAAGUUACUGUGGGGACCACGGUGACCCCCACAACGUGGAAUGGGAUCUACUGCAACGCGUUCGUUUUGGAGGACAACGCAUCGAGCGAUGACUUUGGUAAUACACAUAUACGCUCAGCAUUCCUAAUGAACCUUCUGCAGUAUAAAGAGUCUUACCCUACUUUUACGUUAUACCUGCCCGCCCGCGCCCAAUAAACAGUUUUUGUACUUUAA